AUGGCUUCUUCUUCUACUUCGCAAAACAAUUUAGAUCUGAAAGCUGUGCCUGAUGUACAACCAGAGAUCUGGUGCCCAUCGUUCCCAUCUCCAAGGGGUCAUCUCAUGACUACUGACUCUGUGAUGCUGGAUGAUGCAGCUGCUGCAUCGGUGGCUAGAGGCAUCAUUACUCCACGAGAUGGAAAGUUAUUGGCGGAUCGGUCCGAUGUUGAAGCCAUUAAUGACUCUAUGGCAUUCAGUAUUCAGGGUGCUAUUUCUGUUUCCAAUAUGGCUCAACGUCUGCAGUGUCCCUCACCAUCUGACGUGGCACAGUCCACGUCAGGCCUUUUUUUUUUCAAAAAAAAAAAAAAAAUAAUUAAAAUCUGCGUUUACACGAACCCACCUUCAUUUCAAUUUCUCCCAAAAAAAUUUUGCCCCCAAAAGCUCUCCGUCUUUCCCUCUCCCUCCAUCUCUUCCCUCCCUCCACCACACCGACAGCCACCCACCCACCAGCUGAGCUACCACCGCCACUGGUUCAUCCAUCUCCAGCAUCCAUCCACCGUCAGGCUCCGAAGACCCAUCCACCGUACAGCCCCGACGACUCCAACGACCCAUCAACCAUUCCGCCACGACCAGCCCAGCCCAGCCACCAUCACAGCAGACGACUCCGACGACCCAUCCACCGAGCUAUAUGUGCAGGUGCUUGAUUCACUUGAAAGACCAUUAAAUGAAAAUAUGAACGAGAUGCAGAUGGAUUGUUUUGAAGGUGGUGUUAAUGCUUCUAAAAGAUGUCUUCAAUCUGCUUAAUGUGAAGUUUGACAGAAAAAACAUUAUUCUUUCAUUCUAAGAGGAAAAAAUUAUAUUGAAAGGAGUGAUUCUUUUACAUGUCUGAACUUGUAACAUGUAAUUGGAGAAGUUAGGUGGAUUUUUUGAUGGAACAAGUUGAUAUUUGUUCCUUCUACUGCCUAUUUUUGGUGCAUUGAAGUACAAUGUGUAGUGCAGAAGCAUUGACUAAUGUUUUUUACUGGGUGCUUCUUUGCAAAACAACCUUGUCUCCCAGGAAAAUAAAUUAUACAAGAAAAGCAUCUGAUUGAAUUAAAUACAACUACAA